AAUUGAAAGGACAAAAUGUCCGAAGUCAAGUGAGAGUGAGUGUUGAUAGGAAUGAAAUUCGUGUGAAUUGGUGGUUUAGCAUCCGUAUGGCAUUAUAAAUAGCAAAUACUGGGAUAAUAUAUGCGGUGCUUGCGCCUGUUUUUCUAGUUAUAUCAUUUACGUACAAUGAUUACUUGAACUCUGUAAAAUGUCUCGACACAGAAACGUCCGUUCUAUGAAUUACUCUGAUGAGUAUGAUGGAUAUGAUGAUGUUUAUGGGCAUUCCGUUGAAGAUGAUUAUUGCGUUUCUCCAAGUGUUUCAAUUUUAGCGGAACAAUUCUUAUUUGACCGAAACAAGCAGCAUAACAUUUCUUCAUACAUUACGGAAGAUGACAUAGUGGAGGAAGAUGAAACUCAAGAGGAGACCCCAUUGCCCUCGAGCUAUAAAAGGCCGGAACUCUCAGUUCUUGAUGCAACAAAACUAGAGUCCUGCAUCGAAGCUAUAAAAAAUGUUGUCGGUGACUCUAUCCCUGAGUCCACACUCACGGAAAAUAUUCUCAAGCAUAACCUUAACUCAGAAGCUGCACUUGAUGCUAUACUUGCUACUACGUCGUCAAACAAUGCAUCUGAAAAGCCAGCCAUCAAUCAAAAUAAUGAGGAUCUUCUUCAAGGUAAAAAACUAGCCGCUAAACCAGCAGUACCUGUGCUACUAUCCUCCCCUGCUGUAAAAGUAAUUCCAUCAGCGACACGGUCGGUCAUCAAAGGCUUCGACAUUAGUGGAACAGACGGAGAUUUCCUUAACACAACAGUUGAGAGUCCGAGAUCUCAAAGUCCAUUCUCCGGGCAAACCUCACCUGAUAUUCGAAGAAAAGACAUUAAAACAGUUUCAUCAAAAUCAAACACCCCAAGAUGUCAGUCCCCAGCAGUAGAACAAGAUAACAAAUCGAAAUUAAAUAGUAAAAAAUUGGAUGCGAUCAGCCUGUUCAAGAAUCUUCGUGGAGACAUAAAGGAGCAGUUGCACUUGGUAGUCGUCGGCCAUGUUGAUGCCGGAAAGAGCACAUUACUGGGUAGACUGCUUUGCGAUCUAGGACAGGUGUCUUCAAAAUUAUUACACAAAUUUCAAACUGAAAGCAAGAAGAUUGGCAAGCAAUCGUUUGCAUAUGCAUGGGUGCUCGAUGAAACUGGCGAAGAAAGGGAACGUGGUGUCACAAUGGACGUUGGCCACUCCAAAUUUGAAACCGCUACUAAAACUAUUACACUUUUGGAUGCCCCAGGUCACAAAGACUUUAUUCCAAACAUGAUUAUGGGUGCGACCCAAGCCGACGUGGCUCUUCUAGUUGUUGAUGCUACGAGAGGAGAAUUUGAAACUGGUUUUGACAGCGGUGGACAAACAAGAGAACACGCUUUGCUUUUACGCCCUCUCGGUGUCUCUCAGCUGGCAGUAGUAAUAAACAAAUUGGAUACCGUUGACUGGUCCAAGGAUAGAUACGAUGAAAUAGUUGAAAAGAUGAGAGUUUUCCUUAAGCAGGCUGGUUUUCGAGACGCUGUACCAUUUGUACCAUGUAGCGGUUUGUCCGGGGAAAAUUUAGUCUCCAAAUCCAAGGAGGAAGGACUGAUUAAAUGGUACAACGGACCCACCUUGACCGAAGUUAUCGAUCAGUUCAAAUGUCCAAAACGACCUGUUGACCAACCCUUCAGGUUUUCGGUGAAUGACAUUUACAAGGGAACUGGCUCAGGAUUUUGUGUAUCGGGACAUGUUGAGACUGGGAUGAUUGCUACGAGUGAUAAGGUGUUAGUACUACCUCACAACGAAGUCGCUUCUGUCCGAGGCUUACAGAUAGACGAUAUGCCUGUAACAAAUGGGUUUGCCGGCGACCAUCUUGUCUUCACAUUGACAGGGAUAGAUCAGCAGAUUAUAGCUGUUGGCGACUUGUUGUGUGAUCCCCAGCACCCGGUCCCAGUUACGACUCGAUUCGAAGCGCACAUAGUAAUAUUUGCUGUAGCGAUGCCGAUUACUCGUGGCCUUCCGGUAGUAAUGCAUCACCAAUCGCUCGUGGAGCCAGUGGUGUUAAAGAAACUCAUUGCUCAGCUCCACAAAAGUUCUGGGGAAGUGAUAAAAAAAAAACCUCGAUGUCUGCCCAAAAAUUCUAGCGCUAUCGUUGAAAUAGAAACUCAGAGACCUAUUUGCAUGGAAUUAUACAGAGACGUUAAGCAACUUGGCAGAAUUAUGCUGCGUGUGGGUGGUUCUACUAUAGCUGCUGGUUUGGUUACUAAGAUAUACUAAACUGAACUGGAACUAUUUUCUACAAGGAUGGCUUAUUACAAUGAAUUUUCGAAUUUUGCAAUAUACAUCCGAUAUAAUAUAUAUUUAUAAACUACGAUGAUUUUUAAUAUUUAGGAUGUAGUAUUAAUUAUGUUACUUUUUAGCCAAUAAAAUCGUCGCUAAUGUUAUAAAAUA